CAUCCAUCAACAAGAAAAUAAUAAAUCCAGGUGAUUGUGUGUAAUUUGUUUACACACUACCACAAUCUUUCUGCAACAAUAAAAUACACGCCGUGUGCCUGUUUUUUUUCCCUGUUAUCAAGCAAUCCAGAGCCACAAUCGGAAAAGUUGCCGACCGAUUUGGUGGGCAUUACGACCGGAUAAACCCAAUUAAAUUUUUGAAAUAAUGUCGACCAACCCAAGACUCGAGCUGCAACCGUCGGAGGACGUGGAGAUCACAAUGGGCAGAUCUGGCGGCGGAGCUGGAGACGGAAUCCAGGAGAGAUUGCCGCCCAUCAGCGUCGAAGCCCAGCGUUUCCCGUUUUGCAUCGUGUGGACUCCCAUUCCCGUGCUUACCUGGAUUUUCCCGAUGAUCGGUCACAUGGGCAUAUGUACAUCCGCCGGAGUGAUCCGUGACUUUGCAGGAGCCUACUUUGUGUCCGAGGAUAAUAUGGCCUUUGGAAAGCCCACUCGCUAUCUGCAGUUGCAUCCGAAGAAUGUCGAAGGCGGCAGCUACGCCUGGGAUGAGGCAGUGUCGAAAGCUUCCGUGCUCUAUGGCACCCGUAUUCACAACAUAUUCUGCGACAACUGUCACUCCCAUGUGGCCACUGCCCUGAGUUACAUGCGGUACAAGGACAGCACUUCGUGGAAUAUGCUGAUUUUGAGCAUGUGGCUCUUUGGCUGUGGACGAUACGUUGGGAUUUCGGGUUUCCUUAAGACCUGGUUGCCGUUUGCUAUUCUAGUCGCAGUUUGCGUCUUAUUGGGCGUCUACUUUUAGUUUUUAAAAUUACUUAUCGUAAUUGUCAUGUAGUUUCAAUUGAUGUGAAUGAACUGUCUUAUCGCAUAUAUAGUAUACAUACUAUUUUAUAGUUUAAUUCCAGACCCGUUAAGGGAAUAAUUUUCUGAACCAAAUAAACAAACGGCUACAGAAGCCGGCAAUGCAUUCUU